UAGGGGACAGCCUCGCCAAUGAUGGUAAUUCGAAUACACUGUGUGCUAAAGAUGGUUUGAAUGUUGGAGAAAUGAGAUCGUUCUACUGUGAUAUGUUUGGUAGAUAUGUAAAUAUAAAUCGAGCUCACAUGUUAAUUGUUGCUGAAGUUAUUAUUAACCCAGAAACGACAGGUGUGUGGAAAACCAGAAGAUUUUAAAUUUCGGGUAUCAAAUCAAUCUUUCCAAUCUUCCUCUUAAUCAAUCUUCUGACAUCUCUAAGUUUUAUAAUAUAAUUUUAUCUCGAUAAUUCUGAUAUCUCUCUAAUACGAACACCUCUCAUUUACCGGCACCGCAGGUCCUCUACUCUAACGCAAACACAUUUCUAAUAGGUACAUCUCUAAUAGCCAUAUUCAUAUUAGAGACGACAAACUCGUCUAUGCCAACUAAAUUCGUCUGAAUAUAAAUUUGAAGAAGAAAAUCUCGAUAAUUCUAUAGUUCCAGUCUGUUUUACCGUGCUUGGUAGGGACCGGUCAUAAAAUAACUGCUAGGGGAGGCCAGAGGUGAAAAUGAAUUUGGCCCAUUCUGACAAACUCGACAAAAUUUCAUGGCUCACCUACAUAUUUAUUUAUUUAUUUAAUAUAAUUUUACCAAAGAACAUGCUACAUAUGACAUCGGCACCAAACAUGAUGCAUUCGCCAAUUACAGCAGCUGGCCCUAUAACUAACAACUUGAGUGAACAUGAUUUGCAAUCGAAGCAUUUAGUACUUAAAAAGUACCUCAAUUCCAAUACCACGCCCAUACUUUCAUAAAAAUUCAUUUGCUUUAUAAUUGAGGACUUUUCAAAUUUUCUUUGAUUUUGGCAAUGUAAGAUAAUCAUGAAAAUUAGUAACAAUAACAGGACGUUUUUGUAAUAAAUUUGUAAACUGUAUAAUAAGUUUUAUUUCUUAUUUUGAAUACAUUUUGAAUUUAUUUUUUAUAUUAAAAUUUAUUCAGUUUUAAGAAAAUUUUUUGUAAUUCAUGAUAGUACAAGUGCAAACUGCAUGGCUAUAUUUGUUUUACGGCCCAUCAUUUGCAUACGAAACGGCCCAUCAUUUGCAUCCCGGUUUAGACGCGAUAUCGCCUUUAACUGUUAUUAUUUCCUACUAAAUUUCAUUUUGUGUUUAUAUGGGAACCGCGAGCAGGCCCGCGCAAGCAAGAUCCCACCUCGACUGACCGAGAUCUCGGGAGACAAAGUUUGUUUUGUCAAUGUUCAAUACAUUUGUAAUAUUGGCUGGAAUGGGUUCAGUGGCGCCGUGGGUCCCAUGGUUUUUUGGGGGUGGGGCAAGGGCAGUACUUUUCCGACAAACCGAAAUUUUUUUCCGGGCAUGGCCGGGCAUGGCCCCCCUGUCCCCCCCCCCCGGCCACGGCGCCACUGAAUGGGUUUUGUCCAAAAUUGUAAUUCGGGUACCUUGGCUGGCUCGCCCCAUAUAAACCGCCCCUAAGUUCAAUUUUAUAUAAAAACGAUCGGAGCAGAAACUAUAAACCUUCUUUCCUAAUUUCAUUUACAGAUAACGUUGCCACAAUGGCAGACGCGAGCGUGAACGUAAAUCCCCAGGGUCCCAACAUAAUACAGAAAAUAGUAGACACAGGUUACAGUUCAUUUUUCGUGGCCUGGUCUGAGCACACCGAAAACAGCAAACGGAUAACAAUCAACCUGGGCGCCGACUACAAUAUUGCCAUGAUUUUUAUCAUCAAUAAAAUUAACAGUUUGGAUCAACUGGUCGAUUUCGAGAUUCGUGUUGGUAAGUGAAUGCUGCAAACAGGGAAGGGGGACAAAAGGGGAAAUUUGCCCCUGACCCCCAGCUAAAGGGAGCCCCCAAAACAAGGAUUAAAUUUAUAAAAUAUGCAUAGAAACCACAGUUAAAUAUUUUCCAAGAAUGCAGGAAUUGCUGAUUUUAGGGACACUAGAUUUCAAAAUUUUCCGGGGGAUCGGAAUGGGGGAGAAAUUUUAAUCUAAGUACAGAGUACACAUUGAAAAUGUUAUAUAAACAUUCAAAACGGAAGGAAAUAAUCUUGCAAUAGGCCCUUGGUCAAGGCUGAGCAACUCACGAUAUCAGUUAUAUACUGAAUUCAAGGUCGUUAUUACAAGAUCGUUAAAUAACAUUGGAAAAAAGUUUAAAAGGAUAACAUAAGUUACGGUUUUUGCACUAUACUAUACAUGACAUGAAGACGAAAUUUGUUGGACACAUUGACAAUUCUCUCCUCGACAGUUUGAUGUAAAACAUUGCCAAUUGGCUUUUCAAGAUAUUAGUGGCAUUUUUCUGAAGAAGACUUAAAUUAAUGGUCGAAACGUAAAGAAUGAAAAUGUUUACAAUUUUUUGUGCUUUAUUAUGAUGACACAAGGUUGUAAAAAUAUUGUUAUAUCAUGACUGUAUCGGACUUGUUGGAACGGGACCGGCUAAAUGGAGAGUUAUGAAGUGGAGAGUUAUCUCGGAGAGUUAUGAUUUCGGAGGGUUAUGUUCGAACCACACCCAAACCACACCCACUUUUCCAAACGACCACACCCAAUUUCUUAACUCUCCCGACGUUUCCUUGAACUGACAUGAGAGAGUUAUGUUUGACGUAACUCUCUCUCGUUAACAUUAUGAAGAUGUUAGAGAGUUAUCAUUUUUUAUAACUCUCCGCGUUCAUGAUUGUGGCAAUGAAGACAGUUAAGUCAGUUUUUUGAAAAGAACUUCCACAUAUUAGUAAAUUUUUGCAAAUUUACUUUUUUCUCAAGUGUCAGCUUUAACAUUUCACGCUAGUAGAAACUAAUAGUACUUUAGCACUUACGAAGUUCAUCUAUAUGUAAAUGUUUAUAUAAAUAUACAUGCUCACUUGGAUUAUCUAGCAGGACCAGCAUUCAGAUACAUAUUAGAUAGAACCAGAAAAUCUUUCCAAUGUAAUGCCCUAUUGGCUGAUAUAGGAAAGUAUUUCCAAAACCUGAAUUGCUGAACGAUUCAAUUUUCUUAAUUUUCUUGCAACUAUGCUAGCCGUAUUUACUGCCAAAUGCACGUCAAAACAUGCUUCUGGGAGUACUUUGACCCUUUUGAUGCAAGCAUCUCAUUGUUUUGACCGAGUCAAGUUGUAUUUCCUGUUUGGACGCACGCUAUUGACACGCUACAAACUAAAAUACCAAAAUAUAAGAUGAAAAUCUGGAGAAACAAGCUUUACUAAGGUUUUCUCAAACAACUGACUUAACGCUAUUCAUUGCCAUAAUCGUGAACGCGGAGAGUUAUAAAAAAUGAUAACUCUCUAACAUCUUCAUAAUGUUAACGAGAGAGAGUUACGUCAAACAUAACUCUCUCAUGUUAGUUCAAGGAAACGUCGGGAGAGUUAAGAAAUUGGGUGUGGUCGUUGGGAAAAGUGGGCUUGGUUUGAACAUAACUCUCCGAAAUCAUAACUCUCAGAGAUAACUCUCCGGUUGGUAACUCUCCCUUUAGUCAUACCCUGUUGGAACAACCUUGCAACAAAUCUGAUCAAGUAUCAACAAGGUUGUUACAACUGUUAACAGGUUGUUUCAUACUUGUUGGCAACUUGGGACAAGCAGUGCGAACACAUCUCGUUGACGGCUUGUUGGCAGACUUGCUAAAAGAUGUGAGAUUUUAGCGUGCGUAUUCCACGCUUCUGUAAACUAGAGUCAGUACACAACAUAUGUCAUCCUCACUCUACUAAUUUCCUUAGGCAUGACGGAUAUAUUCACCGAGAGCACUCUGUGCGUCCCUGGAAGUCAAGAUAUGACUGGCAUCUUAUUAAAAUCAUUCUACUGUACACCAGAUAGGAUUCCCGGUAACCACGUGUUUCUAGAUCAAGGACCAGGCAAACGGUUUGGUAUUUCUGAAGUUGGAGUAUACGAAGAAACGAAACGUAAGUGAUUGCUUGCAAGGUUGAUACACGAUCUCGAACCCAUAGGACACACUUAAAAGAGAAAAAGGAUCAAUACUGCAUCAGGUUGGGUUGCGUUGGUUUCAAAUUUCUAUAUCUUUGAUUUCAC